ACAGAGUAAAAAUAAAAAAAAAUUGUUUCUGGUAAAAGACACAACAUAAAAUUUACUAUUUAACAAAUUUGAAGCAUGCAGCUCAGUGGCAUUCGGCACCGUCACAGUGUUAUGUAACCACCACCGCUAUUUAGUUCCAGAACAUUUUCAUCACCCCAAAAGGAAAUGUUGUACCCAGUAAGGAGUCACUCCCCAGCCUCCCCUUCCUUGUGCCCUUGGCGACCACUAAUCUGCUUUCUGUCUCUAUGGAUUGACCUCUGCUCAACAGGCAAAUGUGAGUUGCAUGCAAAUGAAUCAUCCGCUCUGUGGCCUUUUCUAUCUGGCUUCUUUCAGCAUAAUAUUUUCAAGAUUAAUUCACGUAGCCUGUAUACCUUGUACAGGCAUACCUCGGAGACGUUAUGGGUUUAGUUUCAGACCAUGGCAAUAAAGCUACUAUUGCAAUAAAGCUAGUUGUAAUCUUUGUGCUGAUAGAGGGUUUUGCCUUCAAUUUAUUAAAAAACACACCACAUCUGUGAAGUGCAAUAAAGCAAAAUGCCAUAAAAUGAAGUAUGCCUAUACUUCAUUCCUUUUGAUGGCUGAAUAAAUCCCCUCAUUCGUUUAAACCUAAUUUUGCUUACCCAUUCAUCAGUUGAUAGGCAUUUGGGUGGUUUCCACCUCUUGGUGAUUGUGAGUAGUCCUGCUGUGAACAUUUUUGUACAAGUUUUGUUUGAACACCUGUUUUUAAUUCUUUUGGGUAUACAUUUAGGAGUGGGUUGUAUGUUAAUUCUAUAUUUAAGCUAUUGUAGGAAUCAGUUGAGUACAUUUCAGCUCAGUAACACAUUUAGUAAUUGGCAGAACUGGGAUUUGGACUCAGGCAGUUUACCUUCAGAGCCCAUAACCUGAAGUAUGACUUUAUUGCUUAUAGCUGUCAUUAUUGUGCAGUGUUAAUCGGCUGAUUCAUUUGCUAGCUCUGACCUGGCAUCACCAUAGCCUUAUAUGCUUGGAGGUUCAUUAUCCUUCCCAAACGUCCCUCCAUUAUGUUGAGACCUUUUGAAAAUGUACCUUCCAGCCCUCUCAAUGUUGGGGGGAGGAGACGUGGUGGCGGUCCAUUGUGACUAGAUGGGUUCUGCCCUGCUGUCAGCCUUUAUUCUCAUCCCCCUUGUCCUGUGCUCACCUCUCACAUGCUCUUUGAGGAUGAAGGGAAGAGGAAUAGAAGAGCAAAAACUCAAUUCGCACCUGUAUUGUGAAAGUUGAUCAUUUGUUUUAAUGACAUUGCUCAGGUGGCUAAAGAACUCUGUACACUUGUUUUACUGCUGCCUUCUUACCAGUGGAGCACAGAGCAUCCCUAAUGGUGGUCCUGCUGGUGAUGAGGGCACCCAUUCUGAAGAGGAAGGCUUUGCUAUGGAGGAUGAAGAUUCUGAUGGGGAACUGAAUACCUGGGAGCUGCCAGAAGGGGUGUCCAGCCGUCUGCCUAGGGAACAGGCUGCUGAUCUUUUUAAUGAGGACUGGGACUUGGAGUUGAAAGCGGAUCAAGGGAAUCCGUAUGAUGCUGAUGACAUCCAGGGCUGCAUUUCUCAAGAGGUCAAACCUUGGGUGUGCUGUGCCCCGCAAGGAGACAUGAUCUAUGACCCCAGUUGGCAUCAUCCACCUCCACUGAUACCCCAUUAUUCCAAGAUGGUCUUUGAAACUGGACAGUUCGAUGAUGCUGAAGACUGAGGCAGCUUUUUGCCUGCCAGGUACAUGGGUCUUCAAGAUUAAGGUCUUUCUUCUUUUCUUUGAGGUGAGAUGUCAUAUCUGAGGAGACAUUCCCAGUGAUUCCUGAGCCAGGCACACAGACUGGUGUUAAAUAAGGUCCCACUGCCCCCUCGUUCUGUUGUUGUUUUUCAUGAGUGUGUUACCUCUUUUGAUGUGUGUUUGUUUCUGCGUUAGGAGGAGGAGUUGUGUUCUUUAUAAAUAAAGGUAGAAAAAAAAAUCAA